AUGUCCGACCGAUCAGCCUCGCCACUGCGCGACGAGCCCAAGCCGAAGAAACAAAAGACCAGCGGCUUCAAGUGGAAAGACAAGAAAUCCAAGGACGAAGAUGGCGCAGAAUCGAAGGACAGUGGCAGGUUAGAGCGCGGGUACAGAGACCGAUCACCUCGACGGGACAGAGACAGAGACAGAGAUCAAAAGCGCGACCCAUUCGCCGAUAGCAAGAAGGACAGCUACCGCCCCCGCGACCGCUCACCACGAAAAGACGCAGACGAUAGAAGAACAACCAAACCCUCCGCCACCACCUCAGACACCCCCAAAGACUCUACCACCGCCUCCGACAAACCCAAAGAAAAGAAGAAAAAGAAAUCCACCCCCGCCUCCUCCGAGCCCAUGAUUAUAGUCAACAUCAACGACCGCCUGGGCACCAAAGCCGCCAUCCCCUGCCUCGCCAGCGACAGCAUCAAGGCCUUCAAAGCCAUCGUCGCCGCACACAUCGGCCGCCAACCGCAUGAGAUUAUGCUGAAGCGGCAGGGGGAGAGGCCGUUCAAGGAUCAGUUGACGCUGGAGGAUUACGGGGUUAGUAGUGGGGUGCAGUUGGAUUUGGAGCUGGAUACUGGGGAUUGA